AUGAGUUACUCGGAUUCUCAGCCUCAUUUCUCACAGCAAUCGUUUCAAUCAGGUAGUGAUGCAAUUGGCAUCUGGCCUCAAUUCUCAAUGAGCGGCAAUGAACAAUUUGAUCCGUCUUCGCCCUUUGAGCAACUGCAACAACACCAACCUCCUUACAAGAGGGCCAAGAAUUCGUCUGAUGAUGACAACAGCCAGCCUGCGAGUUCAAGGAUGCCGAUGCCACCACCGAGCAACCUUCCUAUCAACCGAGGGACGACUAACAUCUUCUUCAAGACUAGAAUGUGCGCUAAGUUUAAGACUGGGACAUGUAGGAAUGGAGAGAAUUGCAAUUUUGCUCAUGGGAUGCAGGAUUUGAGGCAGCCCCCUCCCAAUUGGCAAGAGCUAGUUGGUGUUAGUGCUGGUGGUGGUGGACGGGUUGAAGAGGAUAAUAGUAGGCAGCCGCCGGUGGUGAAUUGGGAGGAUGAUCAGAGGAUAAUUCUUAAGAUGAAAUUGUGUAAGAAGUUUUGUAAUGGGGAGGAGUGUCCGUAUGGGGAUAGGUGCAAUUUCCUGCACGAGGAGCCUGCGAAGUUUAGGAGUGAUGCAGGCGGGAGGUUUAGGGAGAGUGCUGCAAUAAGCAUUGGGACUACUGGGAUGCCUACCAUGAAUGGAAGUGGUGGUGGUGGAUAUGCUCUGCCUGAAGCUGUUAGGCCUGCUCAGAAUGCUGCUUCUGGUUCAGAUGCGCUUAGGGCCAUGAUGAUGAAGCCUGUGUACUGGAAGACCAAAUUGUGCUCUAAAUUUGAGAUCACAGGUCAUUGCCCCUUUGGUGAGAAAUGCCACUUUGCUCAUGGACUAGCAGAAUUACAAGCUCAUGGCGGACGGCUAGAUGGGGAACCAGUGAAUCAGGGCUCCAUUUUAACAAAGCAGUCGUCUGUUCUUGGCAACGGCAAUCCAUCCCCAAGCAUUGCAGCAAGCAUGGCUAACUCUGUUGAAGACUCGCAGGGUAGGAAGAAGUGCCUGCUCAAGUGGAAAGACCCAAAGAAGCUCAACAACAUUUAUGGUGACUGGCUCGAGGAUCAGCCAUUAAUACUGAACUUGACAAACGUGGAGGGCUGAGAGCGCUUCUGAUUUGCUUCGUCAAGGAGAAGUCGACGAGGAAGGCAUGGAAGUUUUGGAUGAGGAGGACGGAGACAGGGACAGAUGUCGGCAACCUACCCGCGGGCCGCGGCUCGCCUUUCCUGAGUCACCACCAUAGCCAAACAAAGCUCCAACCUUUUUCGUCCACAUUCAACCCGAAACCCAGCUAAUGACACAGCAAUUUAUAAUCGAGCCAUGCUCCUUUCCCUAUUCCCUUCUUCUUCUUCUCCACCCAACUGUGCUUUCAUUUCCUCUCUUCUUCUGAACCCCCGACGAACUUCCCCUGCUUCUCCCUUCUUUCUCAGAGCAGCCACAACCAGAGCUAUCUCCUUGUGCUUUACAACCACCAGCACCACCAUGUCCGUUAACUUGCAAACACACGCCUUCGCCGGCAACCCUCUGAGAUCCACAAUUCCCAAGCCCGGCGACCCGUUUUCCCCAUCCUCCGCCCUCGAAACCCUCAAGAGCCGGCUCAUGGAGAGUGCUAGUAGUAAUCACAGCCAGUUGCUUUCUCCUAGUUUCCAGGUUCUGCCCUUCAGAAAGGGCAGGCCUCUGGCUUCUUCCGUCGAUGGGGACGGUGCUUCGGGGCGGAAUUGGCAUCUGGGCUGGAUUGGUCUUGCUGAUUGCAGAAGGUUUCUGGCCAAGUCUGGUGUUGAAUUGACCGCCGAGAGCUUGGUGUUUCUGGGUUUCAUGCCUGAUGAGGAUGUGGUUUACUGGGCAAUUGAUGUUUCUAGCGAGAGUAGUUUGGUUCCUGAAUUUGGCGGGAAGCGGCUCUGUUUUGUGGAGUUGAGGACUCUCAUGGUGGCUGCUGAUUGGACUGAUGAUCGAGUCAUGGCGGAUUUGGCCAUUGCUGGUCAUGCAAGAGCAUUGCUAGAAUGGCAUAAGCUAAGUCGUUUUUGUGGAUCAUGUGGAGCAAAUACUGUCCCUGCCGAAGCUGGCAGAAGGAAACAGUGCUCCAAUGAGACAUGUAAGGCGAGGGUGUAUCCUCGUAUUGAUCCGGUUGUGAUCAUGUUGGUUAUCGACAAAGAGAAUGAUCGAGUCCUUUUGAGCAGACAAUCGAGAUUUGUACCUCGAAUGUGGAGUUGCUUAGCUGGGUUUAUAGAGCCUGGAGAAAGCUUAGAGGAAGCUGUGAGGAGAGAAACUUUUGAAGAGGCUGGAAUUGAAGUAGGAGAAGUUGUGUAUCAUAGCUCUCAGCCAUGGCCUGUUGGCCCAAACAGCAUGCCAUGCCAACUGAUGGUAGGUUUCUUUGCUUACGCAAAAACACUGGAAAUCAAUGUUGAUAAAACAGAGUUAGAAGAUGCGAAAUGGCUCAGUCGAGAAGACGUGCAGAAGGCACUGUCUUUAGCAGAGUACAAGAAAGCACAAACAACAGCAGCAGCCAAAGUAGAGCAGAUGUGCAAGGGCGUCGAGAAAGGUCAGAGCUUGUCUGCAGAUUUCAAUGUAGAAAGCGGCGAACUCGCUCCUAUGUUCUUCCCUGGCCCUUCCGCAAUCGCUCAUCACCUCAUCUCUUCGUGGGUCCACGGCCAGACAACAAUCGGCGGUGGUGGGAGACAAAUCAGUACUUCUCUCUCAAAUCUAUAGCUCCUCUACUCAUCAUCCCCAGAAAACAUCACCAAACCCCGGCUGUGUCUAGUGUAUAUUAUAGCACCUCUCCAGUAAUGCUUUGCAAAAGUGCAGAAAGUAUCAACACCCCCUUUGUUUUUCGAUUUGGGAUGAUGAUGCUUUCUGGAACAACAACUUGAGUGUAUUCGAUUGAUCAAGAAGUUGAUUAUCAGACUGUACCAACUGUGAUCAACCAGUCGAAUCAAAAUGGUUUGUGUAUGUUUAUAUGUUCAUUCAUAUAGCAGGAGGAACCCCAUUUUACUAGUAGCUAGAAUGAUCAUCGGCGCGCAUCUGCCCUUUCAAUCUCGCCCAACUCAAGACUGCCCUUGCCAAGGCAUCCACGGGUAUCAUACACUUCUUGAGAAGAGGAUCCUUAUCCGGCAAAAUCCCUUGAAUCUCAUCAGAAGCAAGAAUUACAAUGUUCACUCCCCUCACCAGAAGUAUCUGAAUUGCUAUUCUCAACAAGAUCUGAGCUCCCUCCAUGUCCCCCUUGCUCAAUGCUUCAAUCCCAGGUAUCAAAAUGUGAUUCACUGUCGCCUUAUCAGGCACCACAGCUUCAAACCCCUGUUUCUGCAACAUCUCCUGGUAAAAACCAGCUUCAAGAACUGCAUACGUGGCAAGCACACCAAUCCUGACGGCAGUCCCGCCGACGAUCGGCUUCAAAUUAGCAUCCCUCAGCUCGCCGGCGACACAGUUGCCGAAAUGGAAAAAAGGCAGGGGACAUCCUUCUGAUAUCUCACCGUACCAAUGAUGAGACACGUGGCAUGGCAUAACCAGGCAGUGAACUCCUGAUUGCUCCAAGAACAUCCUCUUUCCACGCAAGUUGUCGACGAUCACCGGACUGCUACAAUUGGGCCGCAGCCCAAUCAAUGUUGGAUCGUAGCUGAGAAGGAACGGCGGGCAAUCUUCGGAUUCUCUCGAGCUCAUCCAAGCUAGCUUUUCUAAGAAAGUGAGAGCAGAGUAAACAGAGACUCCGGCAAUGAUCCCCACUGUAUUCUUCCGGUGACUCAUUGGUAGGCGAAGAGCUUGAUUCCUCGUCGCAGAGGAUCCUGCGCCGGCGAUUCUCCUCGAAAGAAGCGAACUUCUGGAUUCCAUGUCAGGCUGGAGAAACAUUCUGCAGAUCAGAAAUUGUGAAGAACCCAGAUUCUGGUACAUCGCAAGAUCCAACAUUUCCUCCGAAAUUUCGAAACCCGAAUCAAACCCAGAUCAGGAAAUGGGAAAUCCUGAUCAUGGGUUCUUGAGAGUUUGGUAACUGGUAAGCAAAAAUUCUGCAAAGGUGAGAACUUUUUAAGACUUGAGAAGCGCCAUUGGAGGAAAGUGGUGGUACGAUUUUGGGGUCGAGCGGCAGGGGAUUAAUGAUGUUGCCAACUAUGCUUCUGGAAUUUGCAUUCGUAAACCAGACAGAAUCAUAUGAUGAUAACGUUAAUUAAUGAAACCUGGCCAUGUGAGGACAAAGAAUCUAGUUUCCAACAGCUGUGGGUGAGGGAUUGGGGUGUUUGGUAUCUUUCGAUUCAUCACUGUCUCGCUGACAGGAAAGGGAAGAUAUGGAAGAGGUGAUUGAUUGAUUGGGUGGGGGGAAAGGACAGAAGUGAACGGUGUCUAUUGCCCAGUGGCUGGGAAAUUUUGUCUUCCUCCAUGUGAAUGAAUCUCUUUUGCACCCCAUAUCUGACAAAGAUACCAAAUUUGGAAACUGUAAAAUAUUCUAUGUUAUGCUCUUUCUUUAACACUCUGUUUGGGAAGAGGGGUAAAUGGGAGGAGGGUGCAAAUGU